GUUGUGUGUACCAUUGUAAACGGUUUGGUUGAUUCGUACUCUAAUGACGGAGGCACUCUAUUAUUACCAAGAUUUUAAAAACAUAUAUAAGAAGGCGGCCGAGAAAGGAUACAGGCAGCAACAUGAGUUCAGGUUUUUCAUCAAAGGUCCCCGAUUGCGUGGUCCAGACAUGCUACGAGUACGAAGGCGUCAUUAUGCCUGUCUUCAUGCCCUUGUCGGUGCUGAAGCGCGUCAGGGAAUUCAAAUGUCGACCCGAUGACCUGUUUAUUGUGACCUUUCCGAAGUCAGGCACAACGUGGGUGGAGCAGCUGUGUCUGUUAAUUCAACAUGACGGUGAUUUCAGCAAACUGGAAGGCACCCAUGUCAUGAAGGCGGUUCCAUUCCUUGAGAUCGUGGAAGACAACCGAAACCCAUCGUCAUCGCCAGUAAUCGACAGGGCUGAAAAGAUGGCGUCACCAAGGAUACUCAAAUCUCACUGCCAUUCGCCUUUCCUACCCGAGGAUAUCAGCACCGAUGAUCCGAAAGCUAAGGUGAUUUACGUAGCCCGGAACCCAAAGGAUACGGCUGUUUCCUACUACCAUUUCUGCCAUUACAUUCCACCCCUGCCGAGCUAUGAUUCUUGGGAUAUGUUCUUUGAAGAGUUUCUAGCUAACAGGGCUCCUCAAGGAUCUUGGUUUGAAAACGUGUUGCCAUGGUGGAAGAGAAGGAAUCAUCCAAACGUUCUCUUUCUCAAGUACGAAGAUAUGAAGAAGGACCUACAAGGAGCCGUACGACGGAUAGCUGAAUUCAUGGGAAAGCCCCUUUCAGAUGACGUCAUCGAGAACAUCUCAGAAGCUUCUACGUUUAAGGCAAUGAAGAAGAACCCUUUAUCAAAUCCCGAUAGUCUGAUACAGAAUGGCAACCGGGAGUCCGGACUCGGACAACCAAGUACAUCCUCAUUCAUGAGAAAAGGUGUGGUUGGAGACUGGAAGAAUUAUUUCACUGACGAACAGAACAAGCGAUUUGACGAGCUGUACAAUAAGGAAAUGGCUGGCUCUGGACUUGAAUUCGAGUUUUAGGAGUUGCUGAUAGGCCGUCUUUGACCAUUGCCAUCGUCGACUGAAAUGUUAUGAGGAGGGCUUUGUCCAACGUCUGCAUGAACUAUAGCCUGAUAGAGAGAUAGAUAGAUCGUCGACCGGAGUGAAUAUUGAUUUUUUUAAAUUUUAAAUGACAUUAAAAUUGUGAUACACAUUCACCUCCAGCUCUCAAAAGAGGGCAGUAGACAGUUGUAUAUAUUCUUGUAACAGGACUUCAAUUCUAGUUAUUAUGAUUCUUGAUAAUUCUAUUUUUUUUUGCUAUAGAUUAAUGCUGCAUCGUCAUUUAAUAAUUUAUAGUAAAGUAAAUA